AUCUUUCCAUCCAAAGAUACCAAUUGCGAAAUGAAAAUGAGAUCCAUGGAGGAAAUAAUUGCCCAUUUCCAUCACACCAUGAACUCCACUGAGACGACUGUUGUCCGGGCUCAGCUUGCAAAUCUGGAGAGCAUUCGCCGGCGAUUCAGAGCUAUAUGGUUCACCGAUGCCAUACGCUUCGUUCAGUCAAAACAUUUUCAGGAGGUAGCACUGGAGUUUUGGCUGCAUGAAAAUUGGUUAGUGUCGUUGGGAUUGUUGGUAGAGGAUGAUAACCAGCUCCCAGGCAUGAGCCUUCAGCUGCUCGGAGAACACGCUGCCGCGGAUGAGAAGCUGUUGAGGACGCCUUUCAAAGUGGUCAAAGAUGAACAUGGGAUGAAAGUGAUAAGUUUGUUCCUUCCGCGGUUGGUUGGAAACAUGGGAGUUGAAGCAUCUCACUGGUGCUGAAACCUGUCUAAAUUUUAGAUUAAUACAGAGUUAUAUGUACUUUAUUUCUGCAUUGUCUAAUUUAACAUGUUACUAAAAAGGAUAUUAAAUAAAUAGACCUUAUGAAG